AUGCGCGAACCCCACAUUGCGCCUGCGCUUGGAGCCACAAAGGGGGGGGAGGUAGGGGCGCUAACGGGCCAGUGCGCACGCGCGCCUAAGUACUCCCGUCGGGCACAGACAGCGGGAUACACCGCGCGUGCGCACCAGCGGGCAGGGAGAUCGAUUCAGCCGAACAUUCAUCCGAUCUCCCUGCCCCACACUGCGCACGCGCCUACCCAGCCAGGACGCGCAUGCGCACUGAGGGGGUAUAGAAAUCUGAUGGCCAUAUCUUCUGCUAAGAAAUCUCCUACCCCUCAGUGCGCAUGCGCGGUGUCUGCACUGGAUCCUGACAUCCAUCAGUAA